AUGAAAAAGAGUAUGAAGAUUGAUGCAAACCUGCGAGAGCUAGUGGACACUGUAGCAGGAAUGAAGAAGAUGCAACCAUCUGCGAGGAAAGAGGCCGUCAUAGAAAGAACCAGGAGCUCCCAUCACAAAGCAUGGAACAAGAACAUCACUCUUUUGAUCUUCACCGACUCUAGACAAGUCUUUGAAGAGCGAAUUGAAAUCAUUACUGGGAAGAUCGUUCAAGUAAACUUGAAACUCCGGCGGUUGGCAAUUUAA